UUGGUGUGCUAUUUUUGUGUUAUUAUGAUAUUGUUAUGUGUUUUUAUUUCAGGGACAUGAUAUACAACAUUAUUAAUUUCAAAAUACCUGCAAUGGAUAGGGUGCACAGCCCUAAAUAUAUUAGUUAAACCAACUCCGGGGCAUCUCACACUAAUUGCUCACUUUGUAUGCAAAUAUUGGACAUGUUAUUUCGGGGGAGGGGGGUUCUGUUGUCACUUGCCACCCAAGACGUGAUUCAGCUGCAACAAUCACCAUUAUCUGGUCACCACUUUUCACGAUACGGGACGAAUCUGUAAUGAUGACGAGUGUUUCCUUCGGCCAUUGUUGAGGCAACGGGGAUAUUCUUCUGCGGGUUCACACCUACCAUCAUUGGAUAAAGGCACUCGAAUCAUUCAGGUACUUGGCGUCCUCGAGGAGCAUAUAUAAGCGGCGUGAAGUACUGUUUAUACAAACACUGCCUCAUGUCCACACACACACAGGGUGUUCUAGGUCGUCUCUGACUCUGACAGCGCUCUUCGCCAUUCCUUGAGUGGAUACGUAUUUUUACUCCUAUAUCAACUGUAUCCUCUCAUUUGGAUAGUUAUUACGCACAAGGAUUCUGUUAGUUUUUUUCCUGGACAGAAUGGCUGUUGCUGCAAAGUUCAGUUUUUCCGUGAGGAGCAUCCUGGAUUUGCCUGAGCAUGACGCCAAGACAGCGCAGCCUUCCCCCGGUAACUCCCGCUACAGCUCCCUUUACUCCUCCUGGAUGGACAGCGACCGGAGCCCUUGUCUCUCUUCAGAUGAGGGUAGCCUGGAGAUCUCCCCAAACAAGUCAGACGAGUCUUCUCUGGACUCUGAGGCCGAGAAGAAGAAGAAGCGCCGCGUGCUCUUCUCGAAGGCCCAGACCUUCGAGCUUGAGAGGCGCUUCCGUCAGCAGCGCUAUCUGUCAGCACCAGAGCGGGAGCAGCUCGCCCAUCUCCUCAGCCUGACGCCGACGCAGAUCAAGAUCUGGUUCCAGAACCACAGGUACAAAAUGAAGAGGUCGCGAGUAGAGGGAGCGCCACAAGACAUAAACCAAUCGCCAAUGUUGCGAAGAGUAGUGGUACCCAUCCUAGUUCGGGAUGGCAAGCCUUAUCAGACCUGUUUCAUUAACACGGAGAAAGGAGGCUGUCUUAGACCGACCACGUCCCCGGGUACACCCUUCAGUUUGGGAUACCAGUCUUUCCAGCUUCCGUCGCCGUUCGGUCUACCUUCCCCAUACCAGCAUUUUGCCAGCCCGGCAGCAUCUAGACACACCUUUGCUUGGAGAGACUUUCUGAACGACUCAGUUCAAUUCAGUUAUUUUAAGUGACUGAAAACAUCAACAAGAGGACAUUGCAUAGAGGAACACUUAAAACCAAAUAUGUUUUCUGAAUUCCCUUAUUUUUCGAGGUACUUAAGUGUUAAACGCUCACUAAUAAUGUUGUAUGAGAAGUAGGCUAUUUUGCACAUAUUUUAUUUUUGGUAUUUUAUUAAAUGUAGCCGAUUGAGUGAUAUUUUCGAAUGAUUAAAGUCUUUAUUAGUUUGUUGUAAUCUGGUGGUAGGCCUAUGGACAUUAUACUCCUAGAUUAAGUUUUGUUUAUCCAAUUGGAUCAUUGUUGUGUUUACUUUGCGUAGGCUUAUUUUAUCAGUAAUUUAACAUUUCUGUAAUUUUUAUGAAUUUCGAAUCUACACCAAGAUUUCUGUCAAAAGUACGAGGG